CCGGUUUUACAAUCGCCGCAGGAAAUGGAAGAAGGGUAGACCAUCUUGGCUCGACAGUGUGUUCUCUCUUGCUGUUGUCAAAGGACCUGUCCUCAUCAGUCCACUCUGGAUUUGGGAGCCUGAACUGUAUUUCUCCACUUGUUGAUGCCUCAAUGAAAUGAGUCUUUGGGACAUCAGAUUUUUUCGCUGGUAGUAAAAGUAGAUAGCUAGGCCCUCUCCAAAGUCUGCCAUAUUAUGGAGUGAAGGAUCUCUGUGGCUAUUGGUCUCUGUCAUACUGAAUGGCUAUUCCAAAGCAGUUCCCAAGGCUGCCAUCACUGCGACAAAAACUGGACCGUGGGUUAUCUACUGGUGUAUCAUGAAGUUAAUUACUUCUACUUCUACUAGGAUCUAGGUAUUCUGAACCUCUAUUGCCAUCACCACCAACAAACAAACCCAAAUGAUUAGAUUGGAAGAAAGUUUUCAUUUCCAACCCAAGAUGCAGGAAUUCGAAACAGUCAAGUUUUAUAGCCUUGUAGGCAAGUUUGAUAGACAGGUGCUUAUCCUGACAAUUCAGACCUGAACAAAUACAGACAUUGAAAAAUGGCUGAUGAUAGAAAAUCUCAAGCAGGAUUCUUUUCUCUCUGUCUCAAUACCGCUCGUAAUCCAAGCACUAAACAUCUGGACUACCGCAUAGCUGUCGCAGAAAAACUCCUUAAAGAUUUUUCAUCCCUUCACAUGUCAAAAAAUGCUAUCCUUAAUCUUAAAGGAAUUUUCAUGUUUUAUAGAAGAGAUCAGCUGAAAACUGCUAUUGCAUGCUUUCAAAAGGUACUAGAGACAAGUGAUAAAAACAAGAAUGCCAUUGCUCACCUUAUUUCGGUUUAUCAACGUCUACACAUUAACAGCAAAGCCAAAUGGUAUAAAGAAAUGCAGGAACGGUUUGAGGAACAACGGAAAAAACGUGGAGCCCUCAGUGACAAAUGUGAAUAUUCUGUUGGAGGAAAAAGUGGAGAGGACAACUUUGAAAUUCUGUUUGAAUAUUAUGAUGCUGAAGCUCUUGCUGAGCAGGGAAUUGCAUUUUUCCAUGAUUGCUAUACAGAGGAAGAUGAAUGGAAUCGAUCGUAUAGAUCAUUGAAGUUAUUUGUUGACAGCCUGGAGCUGAUUAAAAAUGUCAAAAUUCAUAGACUUGGACAGGAGACUCUCAAGGAGGUGGAACAUUUGGAGCUUGAGGUUAAAUAUUGGCUUGGCCAGUGUUAUCAGAAAGUUCAUCAAGGAGUUUGCCGAAGAGAUUAUGCUGUUAAACAGCCUUGUUGCAAAGAUUCAUACCGUGAGGGAAUACAGUGUUUAAGGGACAUAACAAGGUCUGAGUUGGCGGUAGAAGAUUUGAAAGCUUGGGCAUGGGCAUAUCUUGGUGUAUUUUUCUUUAAAAAGCCAAAAGAUCAAGGAAAUAUUGAUCAAUAUAUCCAUGAUCAGGGUCUGAAGGAAGAGUUUAAUGAUCCUAAAAUUUGCUUUGAAAGAGCACUUCAAUUGGAAACUCAGGACUGCCGUUCAACAGAAACUAGAAUAAGAUAUGCAACAUACUUGCGAACAUUGAAGGAUCCAAUGAAACUUGAAGAAGCAAUUAGAUUUUUAAAUGAUGCUUGGGAAUUAUGCAAAACAGAUGGGAAUUGGUUUGCCAAGACAAUGUUGGCACAGGUCAGUAUGAAUAUGUACAAUCUUCUUAAAACCAAAGCAGCUGCAUCAAAGGUAGACCCUGAACAGGAAUCUGAAAGGAAAUCUUGUGCUGAGUUCCUGGACAACUGCCAUAAAAUUUGGGAAGAAGCACUCGUGAUGAACACUACUGCUAUGGAUUUGGCAAAUGUAGCAGAAGCAUAUUAUUUAAGAGGACUAAAAAGUGAUGGAACUAUUGAUGCAGAUUCAGACGAUGCUAUGAAUGCAGCUGAAUAUUUCUGGCAGGCUGUGCAAUGUCUGGGUACGGAGAAAAAACCAGAGAUACACAAGAAACAUGGGGUAUUUCUCAAAGCCAUGGGCGAGGACAGGCAAGCUAUCGAAUGCUUCAAACGAGGCAUGGAAGUCGAUAUUCCAAACAGGCCUCCAGACAAUUUUGACCAAUUAUUCAACACUUUUCUUCAAAUGUACAGCAAAGAGAGGAAAGAUGAUAAAGUGGAACAGGACACCGAUGAUGAUCAUCAGAGGUCAACUGGUCAAACAGACCAAGAAGUCCUUUCUGGGAAUAGAAGCAACAAUCGAACCCCUGGAGAGGAGGAAUCUCCCAAAGACACAGCUGAUGGAAAUGAGCCAUUACAAAAUGUAUCAUCUUCGGAGUCAGGAAUUAUGAAUGACCUUGAACUUGAUGGCUCAGUUUCGACUAAGUUAACAACAGAACCGUUGGAUAUUACAUCAAACACCAACAAAGAGUCUAAACAACCACAGAAGACCUGGUCAUACAAACAGAAUAUGGUCCUGUAUGAGAUGGCGUAUUGGUAUCAAUAUGCCACAAGGCACUACAGACCCAAUGCUCUAACUAAAUAUACUAAGAAAUACGUGAAGGAAUUUCAGGAGGAAAUGUCAAUGAUGCAUGCAUAUUUGGAACUAGAAACUAAUAAAGAAAACAGGAAUGCUGGACCAUUAAGUGUACUUGAAGAUGUCGUAAGAAGUGGAGAAAGUUUAGAAAGCGAGAUCCAGGAGGCCUACAGAGAGAAAGUUAAACAUGCAAAACAACUAUUAACACGUAAGAUGAAAGAAGAGGAGGAGAAGACCGAGCAACAAGCCUCACAUUGCACUCAGUGCUCUCGUCCCUACUCAGAGCCUUUUGCACGUCAAAACUCUGUUAUCCCCGAGUUGGUCCUUCAACCCCGAAACACAUAUUAUAAGUACGACUUUUAUGUGAUAUUCAAUUGUUCCGAGAGAGAUUGGGUCUACUACUCCUUACUGCAGAAACUGGAGAAGUCUUACAGGUUUAAGGGCGCCAUACCAGAACGAGAUUACCGACUUGGACAUAGCAAUUUUGCUGAGAUGGAGCGAUGCAUAAAAGAAAGUCUUAAAGUUUUGAUUAUUCUCUCAAGCAACAUCAGUGUUCGGGAAGAAACAAAAAGCAUGUAUGAAAUAAACUUUGCGCUCACGCUUCAUCAGGACUUAGCCCGUGGUCAUUACAUCAUUCCUGUUCUUAAGGACGACAACUGUUUGCCACCAAGGCAGCUAGAUACUCUAACUUGUGUGAAUGCUGUCCAAUCAAACGCAUGGGAAAAGAUCGUCUUAGCACUGGAGUGCAAAUAAACACUCGAAAGGAAAACAAAACAAUUUCAAGAAAUUUCUGUGAUAUGUAACAUUGUGAGGACGCCUGGCCAACAUAUGCAUACUGUGAUUAUAAACGUGUCGGUAAACAUAGACACAUUGUGAUGACGCGUUACCUACAUAGACACAUUGUGAUGACGCGUUACCUACAUAGACAUAUUGUGAUGACGCGUUACCUACAUAGACACAUUGUGAUGACGCGUUACCUACAUAGACACAUUAUGAUGACGCGUUACCUAUAUAGACAUAUUGUGAUGACGCGUUACCAACAUAGACACUUUGUGAUGACGCGUUACCUACAUAGACAUUUUGUGAUGACGCCUUACCUACAUAGACACAUUGUGAUGACGCGUUACCAACAUAGACACUUUGUGAUGACGCCUUACCUAUAUAGACAUAUUAUGAUGACGCGUUACCUACAUAGACACUUUGUGAUCACGCGUUACCUACAUAGACAUAUUGUGAUGACGCGUUACCUACAUAGACACUUUGUGAUCACGCGUUACCUACAUAGACACAUUGUGAUGACGCCUUACCUACAUAGACACAUUGUGAUGACGCCUUACCUACAUAGACACUUUGUGAUCACGCGUUACCUACAUAGACAUAUUGUGAUGACGCGUUACCUACAUAGACAUAUUGUGAUCACGCGUUACCUACAUAGACACAUUGUGAUGACGCCUUACCUACAUAGACAUAUUGUGAUGACGCCUUACCUACAUAGACACAUUGUGAUCACGUGUUACCUACAUAGACAUAUUGUGAUGACGCCUUACCUACAUAGACAUAUUGUGAUGACGCGUUACCUACAUAGACAUAUUAUGCUGACACAUCACCGAAGAUAAACACAUUGUGAUGACGUAGACACAUUGCUGUGAUGCGUUUGUGAACAUGGACACCUUUCAAUGACACGUCAGCUAGUGAUGAUGUCACAAACUCAGAAAAUUUCAUAAUGUGUUUUUACAUGUAAGGCUGUAUUGUAUUGAUGAUGCAUAAUGUCCGUGGUCCAAUUAGGUAUGCGAGAAGACUUUUUCAUUGAGCUUGUUUUGAUGGUGAAAUGUAAUUUGUACAUUUAUUUUGAAGUAUUUACAGUAAUAUUUUUAGAUCAGUUUGGCUCAUUAUUUGUGUCCUGUGACAAAGUCAUUUUCAUUAUUUUGACUCAUAUAUGUGCAAAUCAUUUGGCAUCAAUUUUGCAGUGAAGAACAUUUCAAAGUGGUCUACAAAAACAGUAAUGGUGACAA